AUGACUUUGUUGGUCUUGUUAUACGUGGAUGACAUGAUUAUUACUGGUGAUGAUGAAGCUGAAAUUUCUAAGCUUAAAAAUGAGCUAUCAACUCGUUUUGAGAUGAAAAAUUUGGGGGAGGCUGGUUGCUUUCUUGGUCUGGAAAUUGAAAAGUCCGAUGAAGGAUAUUUUGUAUCUCAAAGAGGAUAUGCAAGAGAACUUGUGCAGCGUUUUGGCAUGGAGGAGUCAAAGGUAAAGGCAACACCAAUGGAACCACAUCUCAAUGAGUACGGGGAAUGCGUGGAAAAAGUGUAUGUGCACGACCGACGUAGUGUUGGUCGACCAAAUAAAGAAUUCGAGUUUGGAAGGAUCCUCUUCACAAAUGCAGAGGUGCCCAACAUGAUAAUGGGCAAUAAUGAGAAGGUGAAGCUACGGGUUGGAGGCAAGCCUCUUUGGUUGAAGAGAUAUGUCGCUCAAGCUCAACGGCCCAAACAAUAA